UUUCAAACAAAAAUAGCGACGACUGCGAAAAAAAAAAUGUCAUAUAUAUUCCCUUGGCGGCCAAGGAAAAGGAAAAAAAAAACGCAUACAUUUGUACUACAACCUUCGCAUGGGAGAUUCUUUGCACAGCACGGAUGAAAUAGUCAUGGAUCAACGAUCCAUGCCUAAUUUUAACUCCUCAUGGGUGAAUUACAAAGGUGCCUGGUUUACUACGUUGGUUGUCAUUAUCGCUUUGAAAAUGCUUUACAGUGUUAUGCCAUUUCUUAGUCCGGAUUUAAGUUGGACUCUGACCAAUCUUUCGUUCAAUGCUGGUCAAUAUAUCAUGUUCCAUUGGGUGACAGGCAUUCCUUUCGAGAAUCACCAAGGUGCUUACGAUGGUUUGACCCUCUGGGAACAAAUUGAUGGAGGUGUACAGUUUACCGCCACCCGCAAGUUCUUUGUAGCGGUCCCUAUUUUACUGUUCCUUCUGAGUGUCCAUUAUACUCACUACGACGUCUUUUUAUUCGCCAUCAACUUCUCUGCACUACUGCUGGUCCUUAUUCCCAAGUUACCUGCUAUGCAUCUGGUGCGGAUGUUUGGUGACAAAGACAUGCAAUUGACUGAAUAGAUUAUCCGCAUGCCAUCCUCCCUUUUUUUUGUAUCUGCUUCUAUCUCCCUAUUAUUCUUUAGAUUUUACUUUUUAAUUACUUACUUAAUACUAUAUUCGAUCACCUUUGAACCCCAAGACAAUUGAUCGAUUCCUUUUAAGGCAUUAAGCAAUGCAUGGUACUGGGGACAAAAAUUCUCUCUUGAGGUCCGAAGUCGGGAUGGAUCUUCGUGACUGUUGAAGCCUUUCUUUUUUUUUUUU